GCGGCCUGCGGUCAGUGUUGGAGUGGCGAUGGAGGGCGGCGCAGUGAGGACGUGGUGUCUGGCGGCGCUGCUGCUGCUGCCUCUGCUGCUGGGGGCCCUAGCGGACCGCGCGAGCGAUGACGAGGACGGAGCUGAUGAUGCGGAGGAUGAGUCGUCGACGCCAUCGUCGCUGGUGCAGAAGCAGGGCGAGCGGGUGAUGAGCGAGCAGGUGCUGGCGCUGCUCGACCACUUCCGGCAGGAGGACCCCAAGGGGCUGCCGGGCGCGCCCGUGCCCGACCCCAUGGACAUCCCGGACAACACCAAGUCCUUCACCGGCGCCCGCAUCACGCUCAAGGAGUCCAAGGUCUACGGCCUGUCGCAGUUCCGCAUCGAGCACGUCCGCACCAACCUCAAGGACACGCAGAUGUCGGUGGGUGUGAGCAUCGAGAAGCUGGAGGUGGUCGGCAGAUACACACUGCGUGCCUGGCUGUCGGGUUCGCACGGCCCCUACACAGUCACCAUGACUGGAGUCCAGGUGGAGGGCCUCGCCAUGCUGGAGGUGCAGCGUGACGGCAGCCUGGCUGCCGAGGAGAUCCAGAUGGACAUCUCCUUCAGUGACAUCGACAUGAACUUCGAGAACCUCGGCUUCAUGGGCACUGUCUUCCAGGGAAUCCUGAACUCAGUGGGUACGUUCAUCUUCGACAGCAUAAAGCCCUUCAUCUUGAAAGAGGUCAACAAGAACGUGCGUGGCGACAUCAACAAGAAUGUCGCCAAAAUUCCGCAGCGCUUCCCCAACUCCAUCUCUCCAUUUGAUACGGCCAUGUUCGACGUCCGAAAGAAGAUUCGGGAGAUGGGCUACGAUCCUAUGGGAGUGCCCAACUUCACCUGGGAGGGCGGACACGGAACAGUUGUGGUGGAUCUCUCCGGGAUGAUGAUGACCGGUCUGGCCACCUUCCACCGAGUGGGUGAGGUGACCAUCGACAUGGAGCGCAAAGUGGUGAGCGCGCAGAAGCUGAUGAAGGUGCGCCGGCGCGUGGUGGCCGCCUCCAACGGCACGUCGGGCGACACGGCCGUCUACGACGCGGCCGACAACAACACGGCGAACGCGGCGCAGUUCGAGGAGGAGGUGGAGGAGCUGGUGGUGUUCGAGCGCCGCGUCGACCCCGAGGACGAGAAGUGGGCGCGCGAGGCGGGCGUCACCUUCAUCGAGGAGAGCAACGUGCUGACCGCGCACGCGCAGGUCGGGACCAAGCGGCUGCGCGGCUCCUGCCACUGGGACGCCAGCCUGGCCGGGCUCGUCACCAGCUCGGGGCUCGCCAGUUUCACCGUCGACUACAUACAGGUGACGGUGAGCGUCAGCCAGCCGCUGGACACCCGCAAGCGGCCCACUCUGGACAGCCUGCUGGUCCGCAUCGGCAACAUCCAGGCGCGCAUCGACGGGCUGGGCACGGCCGACUACGUGGCCGAGCUGAUCGUCAACGUGCUGCCCAACCUGCUGCGCCAGCAGAUCAUGUCCGCGUUCGCCGAGCCGCUGCGCCUGCGCGUCCAGAAGGAGCUGCUCUCCAUGGACGUGGACCGCGAGCUGCGCCGCCGCCUGCCCGAGAUGGACCAGGUGUUCGCCCAGCUGCAGCAGGAGCGGAACCAGUAGGCGGCCGUCUGUGGCCUCCCGCAACAGUGACACUGAGAGCGAGGCUGCCCGACAGUGAGCUCACGUAUUACCCGACGAGGCCAACUGGGGUCCCAGCCAGAGGGUGUUCGUGACCGAGGAGCGCACUGUCCGAUAUUUUGGGAACAUCAUAGUGCGCUAAAGUUCUAGCAACCUUUAAAUCAUUGGCUGUAUCCACGCCAUCGACAAUACUUUUUGCGUACUGUGUCUUGAUCAGCAUUUAUUCUCUGGUAAUAAGUGUGAAUGUACGUUUGGUCUAAACAAACCACUCAAAGGGGGUAGGACGUCAAACGGGCCGACUUGGAGCAGGAGAGGCAUCACAGGACAUUUUAAUUCCCAGUCUCUGUACUUUUACAAAUAAAUUCAUAAAACUUUGUCAGCAUCACCAGGAAGGAUUCAGGAUUCACACUCACUGCAGCGGAAGUUCGAAAACAUAACAAAAUUAAUUUUUUGCUUGUGAAAAUUCAUCAUUUUUCACUUACUAAUGGCUGCAUUUGUUGCUAUAGGUACAGUUUUCUUCAUAAGUUAGAGAGAUUCUUAGAUGAAUUUUGCACAGCAUACAUACCACACUUACAGGUGCAUGAAACUCUAGAAUUUAUUUAAUUUAUGAAUAAACGAAUGAGCUGUUGUAUUUUAAACUUCAUGUUUAGAAAAAACACAAAUUUUGUAGUUAAUUACUUCAAUUAUUACCACAGUUUUUAAUAGAAUUGGAAAAUUCUAGAGAUUCAUACACCUUUAAGUAUGGUUUGUAUGCUAUGCAAAAUUCGUCGAAGGAUCUUUCUUAUUUAUGAAGAAAAGUGUACGUAUAGCAGCAAAUGCUGCCAUUAGUAAGUGAAAAAAUGAUGAAAUUUCACAUAUUAAAAAAAUUAUUUUGUAUGUUUUACAACUUCCACUGCUAAGAGUGUGAAUUCUGAAUCCUUCCUGGUCAUGCUGACAAAGUUUUAUAAGUUUAUUUGUAAAAGUAUAGUCAGUGGAAAUUGAAAUGUCCUGCUCCAAGUCGGCCCGUUUGACGUCUUACCCCCCUUAAAGUAGUGGGCACCUCGCCUGUUCCAAUCUAAGGCCAGCCAUCUCCUCUACACUCUUCUGGUAUCUCGUUUUCCUCAUGGUUUGUCGUUCAAUACUUGUUUUGUUAGUCUGCCUCCUGUCAUCCAGUCAAUAUACUCUAGUCAUUCUUAGUCCCCUUCUUUUUAUUCCUUUGUCAUCUAAAUAAAUCCCCCCCCCCCCCCCCCCCCCCCCCCCAGCUCCGAUGUCUCCAUUUUUCAUCUAAUAUCUUGCCUCAUAAAUUUCAUUUCAGUGGUGUGCAUAUGCGUUUCGCCAUGCUUUCGUGUUGUCGAGAAAGCUGUAGCCGCAACUUGAUAAAGUUUAAUUUUUGUUUUGUCGGUUUAUUGCCCAGGGGUGGUUGUGUGUUGUGCCACGCACUAUCUGAUAUGUAUUGCAUUUAUUCCAUAUGUGGAAUGCCUUUUCCUUAAAAGGCAACAAUAUUUUUGUGAGUGCUAUUAAAUGUGCCCUCCACGCAUGUGUGGUUCGGAAAAUAUAGUGUCACUUGGGGAUCUUGCCCACUGUCUUACAAAAUUAUUUGGUCUCCACCAAAUGUCCUUGUGUCUAUCCAGUUAUCCGAUCCUGUCAUAAUGUCCCAGUUAACCUUCAUUCUCUCUUAUCAAAAAUCUCUACAGUAAAAAAAAAACAAAAA